AUGAGGCGUGCGGAUGGACAGGCAAUACCGCAGUGGAAAGGCACCAAAAGGAUCGCGAUGACGGGCGAUCGUGGGUUCGACCCAGUGGGGGUCUCCCAGUUCAUUGUGCACCAGUAUACCAUAUGGAUGCGCAGCUGUAGUCUCCGGAUUCUCACCAGUACCAGUCAUCUGCCAUUCGAACGGAGCGUCGGAGACAAUGUGAUGCUCGAAAGUGACCCAUUGUUGGUAUGGGGUUCCGAUGAUGUAUGGCAGGCACAUCUCAAUAGGAAAUCCGAUUUGCAUCAUCUUCUCCAUGCGCGCAUGUGCGGUGAUGGAUGUCUAUGGGGCAUAUGA